AUGAUAUAUGAUCGUGUGUUAUUAAAGCAUACCAUACCUAGAAUAUUCAGGCAAGCUUCAGCUAGGCUUUUGCACAAUAAAGGAAGACUUGCAAACGGCAAUGCUGGUCUCUUCUCCAACUUGAAUGGCUUUCUCGACAGACCUGUAAAUAAUAGAAUACCGAGGACCAGCCCGAGAAAGCAGUAUAGACAGGAUUACGAUAGAAGUAGAAAGUUUGAUAUUAAAUGGAAUAAUGGUUCUUAUAGGGCACAGGAAGCUGCGAAAAGCGUUACUGAUAAAGUUGUAGAUCUUCGCAGAGAUGGUAAAAUAACGGUUAUUCUGUCCAACGGUGAGCUUCUUCGGUCUAAUAUCUUCCAGCUAGCGAAGACUUUGAACUUGGAUGAGCAGGGAAUCUUGUUUUUGAAGUCUGGUGAGGACUAUGAUGGAAAGCCUUUACCAGUAGUUAAGGUGGUGGAUGCGCGCACAGCGAAGAAUGCGUACUCAGACAUGUUGGCUAAAAAAAGGACACAAGAAAUGUUAGACAUGGGCUUAAAUGCGAAUAGAGCUGGAGUCUCUACGAAGGCAAAGGAUACGACGAAAAAUAUCAAGGUUUCUUGGCAGAUUUCUGACUCCGAUCUGGGAAAUCAAAAACUUAAUGAAAUCGUUUCUCAGCUAAACAAAGGACAUAAGGUCAUGCUGUUUAUCUGCGAGAAAGAAUCGAAUAAAAUGGAUCCUAUCAUACCAAAGACCGAAUUGAAUGAUUUCAAGAGGUUGCCAGAUAAGGUUGUAAAACGCCGCGAGGAAAUUAUGAAAACGCUUAAUAUUAUCGUCAGCGAUCACACUUCGAAUGUUACUGUUGAAGGAAACAUAAAUAGUAGAAUCAUUAUGAAGUUACAGCCCAAGAAAGUCAAAACUAUGUCAGCUAAAGAGAAGCGCACGAUGAAAGAAGAGCGUAAGAAGGAGAGACGAGAGAAGUUGCAGAAAAGAGCCGAAAAGGCAAAACAGCAAUUGCAAAUCCAAGAAGGUGGAGCUGAGGAGUAG